AUGUCUACCAAAGUACCUGCUCCCCGAUUCUCUGUCGUCAUUAGGCCUCCUCCGUCUACUUCAUCGUCGCCAGUGCCGUGCAUGAAGAUGUGUCCCACUCCGCCUCUUUGCGUUGCCACCAGCGGCCCAAUUACGGUAUUCGUUCCUGGUGCAUACUGUUUGCUCACCACCACUGGAAAUUGUGUCUUUGUUACCGUCGGAUACUGUCCGUUCGGUAUUGGUGCAUAUUGUGCGUUCGUUAUUGGUGGAUACAAGUUCGGUAUUGGUGGAUAUUGUGCGCUCGCUACUGAUGGAUACUGUGCGUUUCCUGUGUCUAUUUUUUUUUUGGCCCUUCCGUUUCUGCGGGCACUUCACCCUGAUGUUUUCCUUUGCUGUCGGGUGUCUGUUGUCCCUUCUGAACGUCGUCCUGUGCAACCUCGUACCGUGGUUGUCACUUGGGUUGCGUUCCUUUCCUCUUCAACUUCUUCGCUGGGGCCUUCUUAUACCUUCGUUCCCGAUCUCCGCUCUUUUCCGGUCCCCAUUUCCACGUAACCUUCACCCCUAAAUUACGCGACCGCUUUCUUUCAUAUUUCUGGUUUUCUUCUCUUCCUCUCCUGCCUACGCUUUUGCGCUGCACCGUAGUACCACUCAUGCUUCCAUAUACUUCCGAAAUCAGUUCCGCUUUCUUACUCCGUGGAUGUAUAUUAUAUCUACCAAAUCCGUAUUCAACUUUGCCCUCCUUCGUUCUUUCACCCCCUAUAUUCUCC